AUGCUUUAUCCGUUGGUGAAAAUAUAUUUCGAGUAUUCGCUGGUAAUUGGCAUUACCUCACAACGACUGGCGAAUCGAAAGUUCCAAAGUUCACUAUUUUCCCGUGUUUAUGCUUUAGUGGCAAAUAUCAUUACGCUUACAAUGCUGCCCAUAGCUAUGUGGCAGGUUCGAUUGGUUUUCCAGGCGAGAAUGAAAUAUCCGCAGCUCAUUCUGAUUACCUAUAAUGUGCGGUAUCUGGUCUCCUAUGCGGUUAUAUUAUAUACGGUCCUAUCGCGGGGAUUUCGAGAUACAGCGUUUAAGGAAAUGCAACAUUUGCUGCAGAGAUUACUUGCAGAGGAAAAGCGAGGUGCUGGGAUAGGAUGCGCUAGGAAAUCUUUAAAGGUUCUCCUAUGCGUCAAGUUCUUUACAGUAACGUGGUUGUGCCUCACGGAAGGCAUAUUUCUAUUCUAUUCCCUCGAUGUUACUAGCUGGAAAAGUAUAGCCAAAUACAUUUUCAUGACCAAUGCCUGGAAUAUACUGCAAAUGGUGCCAAUGGGUUAUUUUCUCGCUAUGUGGCACAUUGCUCGAGGCUUUGAUUAUGUGAAUAAGCGCAUGGAAAAAAUUAUAAGGUCAAGAUCUUCUAGACAUUUGGAGGAGAUGCAGAAACUAUGGUUACUUCAUGCCGGCCUCACCAAAACAGCGCUACGAAUAAAUAAGAUCUAUGGCCCCCAGGUGCUGGCUUCCCGAUUUGAUAACUUUAUAAUUGGAGUAGUGCAAGCCUAUUGGGGAACCUUUUUCAGCUUCGGUAUGUCCACACCUAUUUAUUGGCUGGUCUACGGAAGUGUUCAAUAUCAAAUUCGAUCACUGGACUAUUAUCUCAUCGAUUACGUGGCCGAUUUGGUGGUGGAGUAUCAGGGUUCGGCCAAGCAUGCUUGGAGUGAAUUUCGCUGGACGAAAGAGAUAAGUUCCUUUUCGAUCUACGCCAAUAGUUCGAAGCUACAACUCUGGACCUGCGGACUUUUUCAAGUGAAUCGAAGCAUGUGGUUCGAUAUGAUAAGCAGCAUUUUGUAUUAUAUUUUAGUGCUACUGCAGUUUCAUUUUGUUAUGGAGAAAUAA